AUCUGCCGUUAGAAGAAUUAUCUCGUGUGCCGAGUGUGGCUCAAGAAGCUGUUCCAGCUCAGCUCAUCCCCGGAGUUUGUAGAAGACACCCGCCGCGCCGUCCGUCGAUAAGUUCUGAUUAGCAGCAGGUUCUUGACAGUAUCAGCAAGUCGGUGGCAGUAGCAGUUAGUAGAAUCUCCGGUCGGGUUCAGUAAGUCACCGGGUCUGUUCGAACUAGGGAGCGUGCGAUUGUAAACGCGGAUUGAUUCUCGAUUUGCGCCCAACUUGAAACGGGAGUGCGCGCGCGGGUGCGUUUGGUCGAUUUUUCUUAUCGGUGUCAACAGUUUGUGGAAUAAGUUUUCGAAUAAAAAAUUAAGUGGAAGUUUUUUUAAAAAAGUGGAUCACAAACUCAAUUGAUGGAGUGAAUAUGCUGUGAACAUUUGAAUCUUAACAAUCGUCGUUCUGAGAUUUUGCUUGGCAGUUUUCCAUCGACUAGAACGGAUUUUUGCCGACACGUGCUCAUUGCAGCUUGAAAUCAAAAUAUUUCAGUGAACUGGGAACGCUGAUUAAUAAAACCAGGACUAGAAGCUGAUAGGGGAGCCUCCGAAAUGGCCGAUGCUGAUGAUGCCCUGUUUGAUGGGAUCCUGGAAAAGGUGGGCAAUGAUGGCCGAUUCCAGCGAAGGUUUAAUUACAUUUUCAACGUGGGUGCCAUCAUGUUCGCCUCGAUGUCGUACAUGAGUAUCAUCCUGGUGUUGAACAAGCCAGCCCACAAUUGCCACGUGCCAGGCCGGGAGCUGCUGAACAUUACCGAUGACGAGCUGUGGCGGAAUUUGACACUACCAAGAGAACCAGACAACAAAGGCAUCAUGAGCCACAGCAAAUGCCAAAUGUUCAAUGUAACCGAGGACCAUCUGAAGAUUCCGUACAGUGAAUGGAGCUUUCGAGAGUCUGACAUCAUAGAUUGUGCCUACGGGUACGAGUACGAUCGGACUUACUACGACAAAACGCCGAUUACCGAACAUGAUUGGGUCUGUGACAAGGGCUUCCGGGAAACGAAUAUCUUUGUGUACAACCGUUUCGGAGAACUGAUUGGAACUUUCAUCUUUGGCCAGCUGGGUGAUACUUUAGGUCGACGGCCGGUUUUUUACUUCAGCGUGGUCAUAAUCACGGUUGGACGCUUGAUAUCGAUGUUUACCGCCUCGAUCUACAUCGUGUUCAGUAUUGCCGCCGUUUUGGGAUCGCUGACGGCCAAUUCCAUCUUCCAGGCGCCACUCAUCAUCGCAAUGGAGGUCUCCAAAAGCGAACGGCGUGGCUACAUUUCGAUGAUGCAGUGCAUCGGCUGGACCACCGGACUUUGCAUCAUGCCGAUGGUUUUCUGGGCUACGAGGGAUUGGUUUUGGGCCCUGAUGCUGACCACCAUACCGAUUUUCCUGUUCAUCUUCAUUCCGCAGUACUACCGCAGGCGCAGAAAGAUCUGGUACCUGAUCGAAUCGCCUCGCUGGCUGGCAACCCGGGGUCACUACAAGCGAUCCAUGGAGCAGCUGCGGAAAAUUGCCUCCGUCAAUGGAAUCCGGCAGCUGGCCUUCGAUGAGCUAACGCUGGAAAAGUUGUUCGCGAAUCGGACAGUCGAAAAGGUCUAUGGCAUGGCGUCGCUUUUCAGCGGCUGGCGGAUGGCCAAAAACACGAUCCUGUGCGUGUCCUGCUGGAUCGUCUGUUGCAUAACCUACUUCACGUUGGUCCUGUUGGCCUCUCGGAUGGAUGGGAAUCCGUUCCUGAACUUCCUGUGGCAAAGUGCGGUGGAGCUGCCGGCCUACAAAAUCGGUCAGAUCAUGUCCGACAGUUUGGGCCGUCGAUUCUCCAACUCGAUAGCCUUUAUUUUUGCCACCUUGCUCUCGAUUCCGGUACUCUUCAUCGUCCAGAACGCCGAGUACGAAGCCAUGACAACGGCCCUCACGAUUACGAUCAAACUGUGCGUUAGCAUCAAUUUCUUCGCCGUGAAUCUACAAUCGAUCGAGAUCUAUCCGACCUGUUUGAGGCAAACGGGGCUUUCAUUUGCUGCCAUUGUAGCUAAUCUGUUCGGAAUUCUGGGACCCUAUGUGGUGUAUCUAGGGACGGAAUACGACCUCCGGUAUCCUUUCGUCAUCAUCGGAUUGCUAUCGGCUUUCGGGGCCGUUUGUGCCAUGUUCCUGCCGGAAACUCUUCAUCAAGCGCUGCCGGAAUCUAUCGAACAGGCUCAGAAGUUUGGCAAGGAUCAGGGCUUCUGGACCUUGCCCAAGAAACCCAAAGGCUACGGAGGAACGGUUGAACUGGGGCAGGAGCUGGAGGAAGGCAAACGACUCAAGGCGGCUGAUAACCAAGACGAGGAUGAAGCUCGGGGGUAGAUUAAGCAACGGUAGAUUAAAAUUUUUUUUAAAGAAUAGUUUCAAGGCAGUCUUUUACUUCCGAUGACAUUAAGGAUAAAAACUAUUUUCUGUUUUAUUCUGUAAAUAAAAUAAAAUAAAAACUA